AUGACUGAAGAAGACCAAACAAAACCUAUUCCUGCAUUCUAUGCCUGCUAUCUCCUCCGUUCCACCGUCCGUCAUGCCUCCCUAUAUAUCGGUUCCACUCCAGAUCCAUCCAGACGCCUGACCCAGCAUAACGGGGCAACUAAGGGAGGCGCAAAACGGACGGCUAGGGGGAACUUGAGGCCAUGGGAGAUGACAAUUUUGGUGGAGGGGUUUAUGAGCCGCAUCGGGGCGUUGCAGUUUGAAUGGGCGUGGCAACACACGAAUGACUCGAGACAUGCGAGGUUGGGGCAGAUGACUGGGGAGGAAGUUACGGCUGGCAAGGCGAAACCUCAACGCCGUCGGACUAGGCGGUCGAUGAAGGCUCAUUUGGAGGAUUUACAUGUCCUACUACGAUCAAAUUACUUCUCUAACUGGCCCUUGAGGAUACGGUUUUUCUCGGCUGACGUCUAUCGACAAUGGAAGGCCUGGAGUGACCGUGUAGAUGACUCCCUCCCAAGCCAUAUCCAGAUCAUCUUGGAUGGGGAUUGUGAUCUUCUGCAUAACCAGACCGACAAGGGUGACAAGGUUGAGAGCGUCCACAAUAUCCAGACGAGAUAUACGAAUAUUGAUGAAUACCUGGAAAAAGCUGCUCUCUUACUCGAUGAUCCUACAGAUCUACGUUGUAAAAUAUGCCAGGGGCGGAUGAUUCCCAAAGACGAGUUGGUGGUUGUCUGCCCCCAGACUGCUUGUCAUUGCACAAGUCAUAUGUCUUGUCUAUCUGCCAGUUUCCUAGUUGCCGCCGGUGAACCAGACAGGUUCGUCCCAGUGCAUGGUACAUGUCCUGCUUGUAAGAAGACCAUCAAAUGGCCGGUGAUCAUGCAAGAGAUGACGCUUCGUCGUCGCGGCGACAAAGAAUUGCGUGCUAUCUUGAGGAGGAAGAAGAGGAGAGAUAACCAAAACAGGAGGGCGGAUGCAAAGGGUGUCCCCGGUGCCGCGACAACGGAAGAAGAUAGCUUCGAUGACUCGGCUGAUGAUGAUGCUCUUGACGAGGAUUGGACAGAGGAACCGGCUUCUGAAUCGGAUUCCGACACAGAAAUCCCUAAUGCACGAUCAAAGCCAGCCCCCCCGCGACUGGAGAUAGUGAUAGAGGACAGCGAAGACGAUUGA